AAUAUUGAAUAAGAGAAAAUUUUCUACCAUUUUUUUUCAAAUAUGUGCAAAAGAUUAAGAGGUUUUAUUAAAAAAAGAUUGAAUAAAUAUUUUAAAAUUGUAUUACCUCUUAUAAAAUAAUUAUCUUAUUUGUAAAAAAAAUAUUAAUUUAUUAAUAUCAAUUUCAAUAAUUUUUAUUUUUGAUUAUAUUAUUCAUGAUAUUGGUUUUAUAUUUAUUUUUUAAGUAUAUUACUAUUUCAAAUUAAAUUUAUUAUUAUUUUUAAUUUUUUUUAAACUAUUUUUUUUCAUUAAGAUAUAUUUUUUUUCUCUUGCAAUAUUUAGGGCACAAAACCCUUGAUUGCAAUUCAUUUGAGUUCGAGUAUUUAUUUAACCCCUUAUCCUCAUAUUUUCUCUAACUCCCUCAUUCCUUCGCUUCACUACCUUCUUCAUUCUAUCACCAUGUCUGUAACUUCCACCACUCCCCUCUUCAAAUCCCUAACCAUAGCCGCACUCUUCCACAACAAAACCAAACCUACCUCCUUCUCACUUCCCUCCAAACCCUUCAAAUUCCAUAUCUCCCUCAACUCUUCACCCUCUCUCACUCUCUCCCUCAAAACCAACCGCGCUACACCUUUGUUCGCCGCGCAAGAAGGUGAAACCCUAACCACAGAAGAAGGUGUCGUUGAAACCGAAGGACUUAUCGAUUGGGAACCCGAAGCUGCUGAAAACGAGACUGGCGGUGAAGACUAUGCGGGAGGAGAUUUUGCGGAACCAUCCGAAGAUGCGAAGUUGUUCGUUGGUAAUUUGCCUUAUGAUGUUGAUAGUGAGAAACUCGCCAUGCUUUUUGAGCCAGCUGGAACUGUAGAGAUUGCUGAGGUUAUUUAUAACAGGGAAACUGACCAGAGUCGCGGCUUUGGAUUUGUAACCAUGAGUACCGUUGAAGAAGCUGAAGCUGGUGCGGCGAAAUUCAAUCGCUAUGAUUAUAAUGGAAGACCCUUGACUGUGAAUAAGGCUGCUCCAAGAGGAUCUAGGCCAGAGCGGGAAGAGCGCCCACCUCGUACCUUUGAACCUGUCUUAAGAGUUUAUGUUGGUAACUUAUCAUGGGAACUUGAUGAUAGUAGACUUGAGCAAGUUUUCAGUGAACAUGGUAAGGUUGUGAGUGCUCGAGUAGUCUAUGAUAGAGAGACUGGUCGAUCACGUGGCUUUGGCUUUGUCACAAUGUCUGAUGAGAAAGAAAUGAAUGAUGCCAUUGCCGCUCUUGAUGGCCAGAUUUUGGAGGGGAGGACAAUAAAAGUAAGUGUUGCUGAAGACAGGCCCAGGCGUGGCUCCUUUUAAGUGGUGCUGCAAGUAAUCUGCUAAUGUUAUUUCUCUAUUUUAAUAGCUGAGGAUAUAGUAGAAAUUCUACUUACAUAAUUUUCUUCUCAGGCAGACAGUUCCAAGUAUUCGCAUUUUCUGUUUACUAUUUGCCACAAUUUAUGAAAUGAGAAAAAUGGGAGAGAUGGAGUGUAGGUAGGGGUGGUUCUUACUAUCACCAAAGUCAAUUAGCAGGAAAUUUUCUACCAUAUUGUUCUACAGUACUUGAAUGUAUUUGGAUGAACUAUUUAUUUUGUCAUAUUGAUGUGUUUUAUUAUA